AUGCUAUUGCACGAGCAUGAAAGCGGCUGGUACGCGUGCCGCGUAGAAGACGGCGCGGCCAGCAGCGAGCUGGUUGUCUCCGUGGCGGUGGCUAGCGCGGAGGCCUGCGUGCCGCAGCGCUCGGCCGGGCUGCAGUGGCCCCGAGCUGCGGCCGGCACUGCCGCGGAGCUCGCCUGCCCGGCGCCCCUCGCUGGCGUCGCCCGCCGCCCCUGCGACGCCGGCCGCUGGGGCCCCCCCGACCUCUCUGGCUGCCUGCACCCGCAGUUCGCCCGCCUGCGAGACGACGUGUGUGCUGCUGGCUCAAAUAAGCAGGAACCGCUCAACACGGCAGCCCUUCCCACGCAGUUGGUGGUUAAAGUUCUCGUAGACGGCGAGGACUGGCGCUCCCGGAUGGGGAGCUUCGCGGCCUGUCUGCGCGUGGCCCGCGAACAGCCGCCACGCUCAACGCCCGCCGGCUGGAGGCCUCAGUGCGUGGAGACGUCUUCCCCCGCGGCCCCAAGUUCCUGUGGCACCGCCGUGUCUGGUGACAACUACACGCGCUGCCUCUGCCGUCGCCCGGGCGCCUACGCGGUCAUCUCCGCACCAUUCCAGCCCCGGGUGGAGAGAGCACCGGACGACGACCAGAGCCUCUCCGCCGCGGUGCUCGGCUGCUCGUUCUGCCUCGCGCAGACUCUGUUCGCCCUGGCCUUGCUGCUGCCGUGCUGGUGGAGACACCGCGACUGCUUCGUGUUCCUCAAGCUCCAGUGCUGCACCGCCACGUCUGGGGCCAUGGCCGUGUUCAUUUACGGAGUGCGCAACUCUUCCAACAAGAUUGCAUACCCGUACAUUGCUGCCAGCUUGGAGGCCUUUCUCCUUAUUGGUACGACAUCACACGUGGGCAAAGUGCUUAUCGUCUACAUUGAAGUUGUCCAGUUGUCACGGUCACGACACGUGAACAAGAUCAUAGUUAUCAUCACUACUGGUUUAUCGCUGUUGGCGGUGCUGUGCGAUCGCUUGAUAUAUCAUUUACUCGGAUGGGCUCAAACAUCGUGGUGGCUACUUUUCGGGACGAAGAUGUUCAUUAUGUUCACCACAAUUGUCAGCCUCACACUAGCAGUAUAUUUAUUUCUUUACAUUUCUGUUACCAGCAAGCUACGAGUUUUCUCCAGGAGUAUGACCUUGGACUCCAGGACUGUCAGUAUAAGGAUGCGUUUUUUGAACACGGGCGCCAUAGUACUGUUCUUUACGGUAAUAAUGGAAGCUUCAAGCAUUUUGUUUAUCAACAUUCACAUUGUACCCUACAGUUACAUAUUUGGAUGCUCAUGUACGUUACUGGGGUUUACAAUAGUCGCAUGUUACCUGUGGAAGAGUGAAGUACCAGUCUGUGCUUGGAUGAUGCACGAUGUGCCACCAACUCAGGCCAUCAGUGAGGAAAAUAUUUCCACAACCACCCAACCAAAAUGUGUUUCAACAAAUCGAGAAAUAGACCAAGAGGUACCGACAAUGCUUUGGUCAUCAACCAUCCAAAAUUUAGUGAAAAUCUGCACAAAUAUCCGACAGCUGAUGACGAAGACCAGCAAUGAAAGGUAUGCAGUAAUCAUUCGCUGCUCCGCUUACCACCUGAACCCCACGCGCAGAAAUUGA